GGGACCAGGAUGAAAACAAGACGACGACGAUCAACAAUCGUCAGUCAGAAUCAGAAUGGACAAAGUUGGGAAAUUGAAACGAGCAGCGAUAGGACUGAAGAGGAUUUUAUCAGGCGGAUCAUCGAGGGAAGAUGAUCGGGACACGGGAAGCAAGGUACCAAAUCAGGGUCAGAUUAAGAGCAACGUCCCAAUGGAAAGUGGUCCCGCCGCAGAGGAGCAGGAGCAAAUUCAGCCCGGAGACAGUGACGUCAGCGACACCGAUCAGGACCCUGGAACCAGCACAAGUGAGGCGACCGCCUGUCAGCUCGGAAGCUCAUUGAACAUGGAAUUGUCAAGUCCCCAACAAGGAGCAGAGCCAGAGUUUACAAUCUCCGACCUCCUGGCAGAGGGGGAGGAAUACCGACUGUACCAACUGACAAAGUUCUACAGAGACAGACUCCAACAAGCGAUUGAAGAAAAGGUUGAGAGACUCGGUAUAAUGUUGACAGAGGAGGGACAUCUCAGUAGAGAAGAAAAUGAGAAAGUCACUGAACUGGCAGAGAAGGGAAACCGGGCAGAGAGUUCCAGACUCCUCCUCAGUUUGGUGAUGGGCAAAGGCUCCCAGGCCCGGAGGGCGAUGUGGAAAUGCUUUGUGACUUUGAGGACUGAGUUACCGAAGUUGGACAGAAUACUGAGGCAAAUACAGGAGAAAGGUCCUGAUCCACAGGAAUACAUGAACAAUGCCCAAGAGUUAUUUGAGUUACCUACUCAACUGAUAGGUGAGUGA